AUGAAUAAUAAACCUUCUCUCAUGAAUCUUUAUAAAUACUGGAGUCAAAGAAAUUAUAAACGCCCUGUAGACAAUCUCUACAAUCCAUUAUCUCUGAAAGGAAAUAUGCUCAAUAAAGAGGACUGUUGUAGUGACGACAGUCAAUGUCCAAUAGAAACGUGUAAUCAACUACAAGUAUCUAAGCAUACACAACGUGCUCAUGACUUUGAAUGUUUGAAAUCUGAUACAGUCGACACGUCAACAACAGAAAUUGACUUCAACGAUAUUUUACAAAAAAUUCCUCCACCGAUGAAACGAACACCAUUGUAUCAUGACUUAAUAAAGAUUGCUUGUGAAUUAAGAAAUGUUCUCCUACCGACUUUUGAGGCUGAUAUUACAUGUUCAAUUAAAAAACUUCCAAAAACUUAUCAAGAUUGUUCAGUUGGACAUCAAAAUAAUUAUGCAAUUAUAUUAAAAGAGAAGUUAACCGACAAUGAGAUUAUUUUAUCUGAUUCACCUAGAAUAACUGCAAGGAAGUUAUUAAAAUUCCAGAAGAAUUUGAAAUCCGGUGACAUUUCUGAAAAGACAACAGUGAAACCAGAACAAGUUAAACUAUUCGAUUCAUAUUAUUCUGGAGGAAAAUUUGUAUCUUUGGAAGCUUGUCAACUUCAAUAUCUGCCGGAUCUAUCUGCAUUUUAUACUACACUACAGUUUAUUGAUCUUUCGAGGAACUAUUUGAAGGAUCUUCCAGAAGAAUUCAGCCUACUGAAGAAUCUGGAGUCUUUAUCGCUGCGUUCAAAUCCCCUGCGUACUGUGCCUGAAUCAAUUUCCAAGCUGACAAAGUUAAAAUCACUCGAUUUAUCUUAUUGUCUAAUUGAACAGUUGAACUAUAAUUUUUAUAAUUUAAAGUCUCUUGAAGUAUUAGACUUAUCCUACAAUCGUCUUGGGCAUUUUGAUAGUCGGAUAAAAAUGUUUGAACAUUUAAAGGUACUUAACCUGUGCGGUAAUGAUCUAACUGGUAUUCAACUUGGCCUUUUACAUCUUUGUCAAAUUGACUUGGAAGUCUUAAAUCUCAAUGAUAAUCCGUUGUUGUGUUUACUUCCGAAAGAGAUUAAACAGCGAUCUGUGUUCAGAGUUCAGUCACUGAAAGUACUUGCUUGUCUAACAAUAAGGAAUAAGAUAUACGAAGCCAAUGAACAGAAACAACAACAGUCUUUCAGUUUAAAGCCGGACGAAUAUCUUUUUAUAACGAAUUUCAAAGAGGACAGUUCAGCCUCUUUUGAGUUUAGGAAAGUUCCUAAGAAUGACGUAUUAUUACCGCCUGUUGGUUCAUGCUGUUGGUGUGGCAUGGAACGAUACGAUGAUAUUAGUACUGUCUGCAUUCAUUGUGUGGAUAUAUUCACCUAUUCAAUGGUUCCAAUACGUAUGUUAUGCUGUGGAGUAAAGUGUGUGAAGGAAGCCAGUCAGUGCAAAACAACGGAACAGUUUACUAAACGAUAUUAUGGAAAUUACCAAAAUAUUUAG